UGUCCCGAUACCCGCUUGAGACGCCGUGGUGGCAGGUGCCCCGUCUGUUCAGGAGACAGCAUAGACCUCACCAAGUCUUCAUGUACAGCCGCGCGCAGGCUGAAAUGGAGCAGGAGACUGGGGAGCUGAGCCGGUGGCAGGCGGCGCACGAGGCCGCCCAGGAUAAUAAGAGCUUGGUGCCCAUCUUGAACGUGGCUUCAUCUACUGGGAGCUCUGGAGUGCACCCCUCUUGGAACCAUGGCCUACCAAGCGUUCAGCACUCUCCUCACAGCACAGGGAUGCCGGGGUCCCCCUUGGUGUCUGUGGAGGCGCCGGGGCAGAAUGUGGAUGAAGAGGGGCCCCCAUUUAGCAUGCCACUGCCUGAGCGUGAUGUGAGCUACUGCCCCCAAGCGACUCUCGCUCCUUCCCGGGUGAUUUACAGUCAGGGAGUGUCUCCCUGUCAGCAAGAGAUGAUGAUAUUCAGUGAGCCUCAGAUAAUGCCUAUAGUUGAGUCCAAUAUUCCAGGAGUGGCCGGGGCCUUCAGUGGCAAUCUAAGCAUGCACCCCAGUGGGCUGCCAGUCUCGGCUUCCACUGGAAUCCCAAUGAUGUCCCAUGCUGGGGACCCUACCAUGCCUUACCCUGGCCUCUCGACAGCACCUGCUGAUGAAACAGCAUUAGCUCCAACCAUGCCUCCCAUGGAGUCCCAGGCCGUGCUCCCCUCUGUGGCUCAGAUGUUGCCCCAACAAGGCACCCAUGACCUUGGGAUGCCCCCAGCUGAGUCCCAGUCAUUCCUGGGUUUAGGAUCUCAGGAUUCUCUUGUGAGUCAGCCAGACUCCCAAGAAGGCCCAUUCCUACCGAAGCAGCCCACACCUGCUCCACAAGCAACAGAGCAGAACUCCAGGCCUCAGGAAUGGAGUGGGAGAGGGGACUCCUCAGAGGCCAGGCCUUACUGCUGCAACUACGAGAACUGUGGAAAAGCUUAUACCAAACGCUCCCACCUCGUGAGCCACCAGCGCAAGCACACAGGUGAAAGGCCCUAUUCGUGCAAAUGGGAAAAUUGUCAGUGGUCUUUCUUCCGUUCUGAUGAGCUUAGACGACAUUUUCGGGUACACACCAGAUAUCGACCAUAUAAAUGUGAUCAGUGCAGCAGAGAGUUCAUGCGAUCUGACCAUCUUAGGCAACACCAGAAGACUCAUCGGCCAGGACCCUCAGACCCACAGGCCAACAAUGGAGAGCAGGACGGUGCUCCUGCUCCUGGUCCUUAGAAAUUGUUGCAUGACACCACUUCUCCAAAACAGUACCAUCAAUGGGGAGACCUCCCAAGUAGCUGGUGGACACAAUUGCUGUGUCCUCUGCAAGGCUUGUCAUGAAGCAGCCCCUGGCCUGCUAAUACAUCAUCUCGCAUUGCUUCCUAUUCUGUCCUGCCUUUCUUCCAUUUUCUCAUUUCCAAAGCCUUUGGUUUGCACCUCUCCAAAUAAAACACCAGUUCCUAGUUCUUGUUUUCAGGCUCUGUUUUCUAGGUGACUGAGGGCUAGGAGGGAAAGGAGGAUCUAAGACUAGGACAGAUAAGGAAGAAUCUCACUAUAUUCUGCUCCUCUCACCUUCCUUAGGUCCCUGGACUACCAAGCACCAGAUAUUAAGUGGCCUAUCUUUCCCUGCUCUCCCUUGGGGUCCUGAUAACUCAGCCAGGUAGUUUAGAAUCUCAUAUCUAGACUCAGCAGGCCGUUUUACUCCAGCAAACUGAUAAAGCUAUCAAGUGUAGAGCUAGAAUCCCAACCAGGAUCUGUCUGCCCCAGAGGUGGUCUCUUCCCUAAGAAGAUGGUGCCUUGUAUGGGUGUUUCCUGAACCCAGGCUGGUGCCGAGCAUGGAGAGAGCUGGUUUCUCUGCUCAAGGGCUUCUGUGUCUUGAUCCGGGGACUCAGAGGUCCACCUCAGUACAGUGGCCAUGGGGAAGAGGAGCCCCUAAAUGGGAGUAUCAGAAAGGCUUUCUGGAGGAGGUAACCCCUG